AAGUCUUUUUCUUUUUCUUCUUCAAAUUAGUCCGUGAAAUACACGUGCGACAAAGUGGGAGUGGUUAGAUCUGACAAAAUAUUUGUAAAAUAAAAAAACUGAGAUGGUGUGUCUGAUUUAUCCAACUCGAACACUCCUGUAUUCUACAAGACAUUUCUCUCACGCGUCACUCUCUCUUGACUUUCACUAUCUCACUCUUCGCUGUCUCUCUCCUCUGCUUCAGAAAAAAAAAAAGAAAAAAAAAAGAUCCCUCCUUUCUUCACUUAGAGAGAGAAACAUAAGCUAAUAAGAACUGGGCAUUAGAGAAACAAGCACAAGAACUGGGUGUUCUUUGUCUGUGCAUAUAUAUAUAGAAAGAGAGAGAGAGAGAGAAACAUAGAAAUUUAUAUAUUUAUAUAUUGUGGAGAGGGAGACAGAGUGAGAGGGUGGUUGGUGCUAAUUUGUUUCAUUCCAAUGAAGGGAGAAGGGAAGAUGGUGAUAAAGUCAAGAAUGAAAUGGGUUGGUUUAGUUGGUUUAGUUUUGUCUGCUUUUUCUCUGUUUGUACAUUUUCUUCUUGCUAGAUUUACUGAAGAGGGGAUUGCUGAGUAUCAAUCCUCGAUCACUAUCUUUUCUUGGAGACCCAUCUUUGAGACUAAUGCUGAAUUACCCAAAACUAAUCCAUUGCACAGAAGACUAUGGGGUCCAGUAAGGCAUCUCGAACCUUUGCAUCCAGAUGCAAAUCCUAGAGGACAAUAUGCUGAUCCCAAAUCCCUCUCAAGUGGAUAUGUCUUUGUGAGGAUACAAGGUGGUUUCCAUGAAAUUAGGAAUUCGAUAUGCGAUGUGGUUGCGGUUGCUCGGCUUCUUAAUGCCACUUUAGUUGUUCCUGAGCUCCAAUCAACCACAAGUAGCAAAGGAAUCAGCUCUGAGUUUAAGAGUUUUGCAUACCUUUACAAUGAGGACCAGUUCAUGGCAGCUUUAGUAAAAGAUGUAAAAGUUGUGAAAACCCUUCCAAAAGAUCUUAAAGGGGCCAGGAGAAAGAAGAAGAUCCCAUCAUUCAGGGUGUCUCGUUCAGCUUCACCAUAUUUCUAUUUGCAUCAAGUUCUUCCAGUACUCCGUAAGCAUGCAGUGGUUGAACUGGUGGUUUCUGAUGGGGGAUGCUUGCAGGCUAUCCUUCCACCUCAGCUUGAAGAAUAUCAGAGGCUGAGGUGUAGAGUUGCUUUUCAUGCCUUGCGGUUUCGGCAAGAGGUGCAGGAACUUGCAACUAAAAUUUUGCAUAGGUUAAGGGCUCCUGGCAGGCCAUUUAUAGCCUUUGAUCCUGGGAUGACAAGGGAUGCCUUGGCAUAUUAUGGUUGUGCUGAACUCUUCCAGGAUGUGCACACUGAACUCAUUCAGCACAAGCGAGCCUGGAUGAUAAAACGUGGGAUUGUCAAGGGAAAACUUUCUGUAAACUCUGUCCAACAGCGCCUUAAUGGUUCUUGUCCGUUAAUGCCAGAGGAGGUUGGUAUUCUUCUUCGUGCUUAUGGAUACUCAUGGGAUACAAUUAUAUAUGUUUCUGGAGGAGAAAUUUUUGGUGGCCAAAGAACAUUAAUUCCUCUACAUGGAAUGUUUGAAAAUGUUGUCGAUAGGACUUCCCUCAGUGCAGGAUGGGAGCUGAGUAGAAUUUAUGGUCGUGAGGUUAACCUUGUUGACAAAUAUCCAACAACCCCACCUUCUUUUGUGGAAGAAAAGAAGAUUGAAGCAUGGAAAAAUGCAGGUCCACGCCCUCGUCCACUUCCACCUCCUCCUGCUCGUCCUAAAUCAUAUAACAUUGAAGGUUGGUGGGGUUGGGUCGCCGAGAGUGAUAAUGAGCCUGAGAGCACGGUUAUCGAGUUGAGGACUAAUGCCCAUAAAUUGCUAUGGGAUGCAAUUGACUAUGUGAUUUGUGUUGAAGCUGAUGUGUUCUUUCCUGGAUUUGAUCGUGAUGGUAAAGGGCAUCCCAAUUUUGCCAGCUUGGUUAUGGGGCAUAGGCUCUACCAAUCAGCGUCAUCUAAAACAUUUCGACCAGACAGGAAAGAAGUUGCCAAGCUUUUGGAAGAAAACAGUGACCACCUGUAUCGAGCAAAUCAUACCUGGCUGACAUCAAUACGAAGGCAUCUGAGGAGAAGUUUAAUUGAAGGAUUAAAAGAAGCAUCCACAAAAUCCAAGCCAUUAACUUUUCUCUCUCAUCCAGUUCCUGAAUGUUCUUGCUCGAGGUAUGCUCUAACUGAAAAUUCAUUCCAUGCUUCAAGCCCUUCAGCCCAGGCACAGGUUGACGCUGCUCUUGGAGUUACACACCGCUGCCCUAAAUGGAUGGAUGGUGAAAAACUGUCAAGGUCAAAGGACAAAGAAAUUGAGGAGGAUCUUGAUGAAGAUGUUUCCUCUUCCUCUGGAUUAUUUUUCAAGCAUAGUGGUGGAAAUAAUGAAAGUGGAGGUGGAGAAAUAAACAAAGAAGAGGCUCAAUUGGAGGACCAGGAAGAACUUGAGGGUGCAGAAUAAUGAGCGCCCCAUAUUAGCUUGCGGUAGUGGUUUCUUUGCUGCCCAUGACCUCUGAGUGGCCUUGACUGAUGGUGUUCUUCAUGAAAGAAAAGCAAGUUUCACCAAUUAAGAAGAUUGUGAACAAUACUUGGCCUCUCUACCAAUGGGGAAAAGCAAAGUUUUUGAUUGAUUAUAGCUGGAUAACUCAACGAACCCAUUGGCUCUGGUAUGAUCCCAAGCUUUUCUUGUUUUUGGAAAAUAGAUUUUGUUAUAUGCAAUCCUCAACCAAUUUUGAUGUAGACUAGGCUGUUCCUAAUGAUACACUUUUGUAGAGAACUUUCUUCUUUUCUUAGGCAUAUUAUUUAUUGUAAUUGAUGUAAUAUAGUUCAGCAGAAUAACAUAGUUGUCUAAUCCAUGAUUGAAUACAUGAGUUCUUUCUUUUGUUCUUAUUGCAUGUGUGGCCUUUCAAGGUACCAGUAUUUACAUGCACAAAUCCUUGUAAGCAUCAAAGACAAAAGGGCAAUCUUUUGAUGGAAUGCAAAUUAUUUCCAUCACUUGGGUCGACCUGGGCAGUAUUUGCAUCCACAUCUAUAUAAAUUCUUAAUCCAUUAGCAGUUCAAAUGAGCUGAGAUGAUGUGUGCUAAUGGUAUCCUAAAUCUGGUUUUAAAAUUCUUGAAAAACACUACAUGAGAAUCAUUCUGCUGCUAGCAAUUUCUGUGGUCUUUAUUUGGCUGACAUGUAUAGCCAUAAUCAUAAAAGUAGCAAAGCAUUUAGUUUUUUUGAAUGGUCUCUUGGUGUGGGCGUACGCGUAAUCGCGUCAGGAUUUCUUUUGGCUGUGAAAAUGAUGUUCCUGGAUGACUGCACUGGAGAAACUGCUGGGAAUAAAUAAUAUGACCCCACUCAGUCAGCCAUCAACAUGUGAUCAAAAAGGAAAAAACUCGACUUGUUCGGCAAUCAAGUGCCCAUGAUGUCACAAUCCUUCCAAUAUAUAAACUUGAACGUCAAGACAUGUCAGCAUAUAAAUACCAGAUCCAUUGAUAGUAGAACCCACAAACACAAAUAAGUAAGCAAAACUGAGCUGCUAAGAGAUUUUCUUUUCCUUUUCUUUGUUACUUGAGGUGUAAGGUGAAAACCCACUUUCGGUUGUGUCUUGAGGAAAAUGAACGGAGAUAAGAAGGUUAGUCAGUCUGCAACCUUUUCAGGUUGGGUCUUUUCUUGCUUCGGUACUGAGCCUGCAAGAACGUCCGGCGAGCCCAAGGGUGCUAGAAAUCCAGCACCCAUGACACCGGAGGCCGCAAUUGCAGCGGCGGCUAAGCAUUUCUCUUCCAAGGUCCAUGCUGGGUAGUACGCGUAAUACAUGCAAGGAAUUGUUUUUGGUUCUUGAACUCUUCAGCUCUGGCGUUCUACAAGGGAUUAGCAGCCAUGGCAUGCGCUCCAUAAUUAGUGCAGUGAUUGUGCUGAUACAAUUUGAUUUCUUUUAAAGCAGAUUUGUUGUAAUUAUCCUUAUUAUUAUUGAUUGGAUUUUGUGCGUUGA